AUGUACCGUGGACUGAAGCUGAUCGAUGAGGACAAAAAUGUUGAAAUCGUCGAAUUCAACGAUCGGUAUCAAGCUCCAUUGGAUGGCGGAUACCGUGACCUCCAGCUCACGCUUCGAGUGCAAGGUGAGUUGGUCUGCGAGCUGCAGCUUACAACAAAGUACAUGCUCUUCAUUAAGGAGUCGAGUGGGCACAGAGUCUUCGAGAUCAAACGACAGCUCAUUGCCGAUGUAGCUGCCAACAGCGAGCCGCAGUGUCGGGAAACACUCCACUGGGCUGGAAAGGAUGCUCAGGCUGUGCUGAAGGAGCCUAAGAAGCCUCUGCUCCACAUAGCAGCUUCGCAGGGCAACUCCCGCAUGGUGAAGCUCUUCCUUGACAACAAUGCGGAUGUAAACCUGAAGGAAGCGAUGGGCAACGGGCACGCUUGCGCAGCAUGGGCCCUGAUCUCGGCGGGUGCGGAGCAAGACGUCCGGGAUGCAAAAGAGCAGACGCCCCUCUUGCUCGGACUCUUGCGCCAGCGCGUGUACCCCGAGAACGAGGCUGUGGCGAGGUGCGUCUCCAUUUUGUCACAGAGGUUGGGCCUGAAGGAGCUGCAGGACGCCAAGAAGCAGUUCAGCCAGGUGGUCAAAAAACGCCUGAAGAACAGCUCGGAGCUCGUCAGUGCGGCCUACGACGACAAUGUGCAGAAGGUCGUCGAGCACCUGCGCACGUGGGCGAACCCCAACAGUGCCACGGACGAUGGGAAGCACGCGCUCCACCGAGCACUGGCUCAAGGCCACAUUGCCGUGGCCAGGCAGCUGCUGACCUACAAGGCCGACAUCUGGUUGGAGGAGAACAACAAGAGCGCAUUGGACGUCGCCCUGGAAGUUGCAGCAGAGAAGCCCGGAUCUCUCGAGGUCCUGGUCGACCUUCAUGAGCAGUACCAGGCCUGGGCACACUUGCCUGUUUUUGGGAAGCUCGUCUCUUGCUCUAGACUAUAUUCCCAGAGGUAG